GUUGUUGCAGUUAUAAUAGGAUGGAUCGGUUUUUUUCUUCAUACGGAAAGUCAGAAACGGCGAGUGCAGAGCCAAUUUGUUGCACUUCUAGAAGUCGGUGGCUAACCUUGACAUCACCAUUUAUCACUUCGGGUGGUCAAUAUAGUGUCUGAGAUCAAACUCAGAUUUUUUAGAGAAAAAUCGGAGAUAUUCAAAAUAUAUCCGAAGCCCACUCAGGUGCACGUUGAAGGUAUGGGUCCGGAAAUAUUUUUUUCUUGUUUAACAUGUCCCAACCGAACUGACAAUGUCUGUGGAACGAUGCAACAUGUGGCGCAACUAGGUGAUGGCCAAAGAAGUUUUAUCAAAAUACAUACAUAACCAACUUGACACUCGCAAUGCAUAUUCGCUACAUAGCUCAGUUAGCUUCAUUGACUAGGUACGCCACCAGCGCAAACAAAUGUCAAAGUAUAUGAUUUAUACACAACACAUUGUCAGUUCGUCCUAACAAUCGUGUUUUCGCCACUUCCCAAUAAAUAAAAAAAUAAAAUCGUUCCAUCCUAAUGUAUAGAAUCAGUUUCUGAGCUGAACUCUUUUUUGUCAUUUGAGACAGUUCUAUUUCUAUUCGAUCAGUAAUCAUAUGGUAUUCUAAUAAUGAGCAACUUUACGAUAAAAACAGUUCGGAGUUGGUGUUUUUUUUCUAUCGUUUUUUGACUUUAUUCUCUCUUUUUUUCACUUAAUCCAUGACGUAAAAAGAGCCGCGCCGUUUCAAAGUUCAAGCAACCAAACGAGCGUCAUUGUAUGAUUAUAUUCAGAACGCACGAACAUAAUUUCAAAUAAAAAAAAACGCUGUACAUCAUUUCAUAAAGUCUACAGUUUUUCUACGUUUUAUUCCAGCCAACAUCUUUCACAUGUCUAGAGUAGUCGGUGUGUUGGUUUUCUCUCUUUUCUUUGUUGCGUCGUUGAUUGAUUGCAGUGUAUUGGUGGGAUAUUUUUGGCUCUCUGUUCGCUUGUUCUAUUGCUCUCACUCUGAUGCACAGCGCAAUAAAUUUUGAAAUAAAGACGAAAACACAUUAUAUGAUCUGAUUGAAAGAACUGAAAGAACCAAAAAUAUAAAAAUAUGAAAUUGAACAAACAAAAAAGAGUAGCAAGGACAAAUGAAAAAUUGAAAAAGAUAGCAGAAAACAAAGGCAGAUAACGAAAGAAAGAAGGAGAGAUCAUCUGCCUGCCGACAGAAUAUUCGAUGUUUGGCAUAAUUGAGUGUUUAUUUAGCCAUAUUCAAUAAACUGUGUUCACUGAGUGUGAGCGGCUGUAAUUCUCAUCAAGUACGUCAACGAAUCGGUGCGUUACGAAAUUGUGCUGUUCCAAAAUUAAAAUCUUAGUGAAACGAAUGAAAUUGCUGACGAAAAAUAGUGACGACUCUUCAGAGCAACAUUUGUCAAAUUGAGUUUUUUUUUUAUAACUAGAUGGUUUUUUCAUAGAGACGCUUCGGUUGAGACAAACAGUCUCAGAAAACCUUCGAUGUAUUUUAGUUACUUUUGAAUAAUGUGGAGUCGGUGUGACUGAACGACAAAGUGCGCGUUACAAACGGAAACAAUUCCAUUGAGUGGAGAAAAUAGAGAAAUACGAGAGCUUGGAAACAAAACCCACCAAAUGAAGCAGAUGUGAGCCGAGAGUGAGGAAUAGAAAAAAAAUCACCGUGAAAAACGUUCUAAUGACCAGAGAGUGACUUUUUGAAAAGUGGAUUUGUAUUAGCACCUUCAGCAAUUGGUACUCAUUCGUCAUUGUUUUUUUUGUGUGUGUUUGAGCAUCGAAAAUGCAAUAUUCAUCCGAUGAGAUAAGUGUAGAUAGCGACCACUUGAACCAGGAUGGUACGCGUAGCCUCAAAUAUUUGCCACAUUGGCCGGCUGUAAACAUUGAGUUUCAAGAUUUGGUGUACACCGUUCCGGACAUUAGCGGAAACAAAGUGAUUUUACGAGGUGUUAGCGGUAAAUUCAAGUCAAAUCAAUUAACGGCUAUCCUCGGACCUAGUGGAGCUGGAAAAUCCACACUUUUGAACGUAUUAGCCGGAUACAAAGUCACCGAUGCAACUGGUUCAGUUUUGGUAAACGGUCGACCGCGCGAUAUGCGAGUGUUCCGGAAAAUGUCACGAUAUAUCAUGCAGCAAGAUCUAUUCCAACCAAUGCUUACCAUACGGGAAGCCAUGAAAGUUGCCGCUGAUUUAAAGCUCGGACACGAUUUGACGAACGUCGAGAAAUUCGAAUUGAUUGACGAGAUUCUCGAUUUGCUGAGAUUAACUAAGGCGGCCGAUACAAUGGGCCAUUUGUUGUCUGGCGGUGAAUUAAAGCGAUUGUCGAUUGCUUUGGAGCUUGUUAAUAAUCCUCCGGUUAUUUUCCUUGAUGAGCCAACAACCGGUUUGGAUGAUUUAUCCUGUUCGCAGUGUGUGUCGCUAUUGCGUCGAAUUGCGCACGGCGGUCGAACGGUAAUUUGUUCCGUACACACGCCAUCGGCGAAAAUCUUUGAAAUGUUCGACCAUGUUUAUAUUUUGGCCAAUGGGCAAUGCGUUUAUCAAGGCCAAGGACCAAAUUUAAUUCCAUAUACACAAAGCAUCGGCCUAAAUUGCCCAGUAACUUAUAAUCCGGCUGAUUUCAUGAUUGAUGUUGCAAGCGGCGAAUAUGGCCACGAAUAUAUAGACAAGAUGAUCUCUUCAGUUGAUAAUGGUAGAUGUUUAAAUUGGACACCGUACGAUGCUAUCGUCGAUAAUAAUUACCGAAACGAAAAGAUUUCCGGACAAUAUUUCGAUGAACUGGAAGAAGAAAUCAAUCCGAAGCAUUUGCGCGCGAGAUCAUCGAAUUGGGAACAAUUUUGUACACUGUACAAAAGACGCACCGUACAAAUGUGGCGGGAUUCGAGCUACAUCAAACUUCGAAUUUACAUGAUUUUCUUCCUCGGACUCAUUGUCGGCGGCAUUUAUCAAGGAAUUGGUAACGACGCAACAAAGGCUCUCUUCAACUUUGGCUUUUGUUUCACUGUCACCAUCGCGUUUAUGUACAUACCACUGAUGCCCGUUCUGCUCCAGUUCCCAAUGGAAGUACAACUGCUGAAGCGAGAACAUUUUAAUCGUUGGUUUCGAAUAGGACCGUAUUAUUUGGCAAUGACAGCGGCAAAGUUACCCCUGCAAAUCUUUCUGGCAUUUGCAUACAUCACAAUGAUUUAUGUAAUGUCUGACCAACCCCUGGAAUACACUCGAAUGGCAAUGUUCUACUCAAUUGCCGUGCUGAUCGCUCUCACUUCUGAAAGUUUGGGCGUGUUGAUUUCAUCCAGAUUGAGUCUGAUUAACGGAAUGUUCGUGGGUCCAAUUUGCACUGUACCAUUGAUGCUGUUGGCUGUUUAUGGAAUUGGUUAUGGUCGCGAAAUCGAAAUAUCACCCUACAUUCGAAUUGCAAUGUCAUUCAGCUACCUACGAUACGGUCUGGAAGGUUUGAUCGAUGCAAUGUAUAGCUACGAUCGUGCAGAUACAGUUUGUCCCGAUGGUGAAGUCUACUGUAUGUUUGCCAAGGCAAAAUUCUUAAAAAUGGUGCUUGGUUUCGAGGAUGUAAACUUUUUGGUGUCAAUUGUUGCUCUCAUUAUGUACUAUCUAUUAUUCACAAUCACUGCAUUUUAUAUGAUAAAAAUUCGCAUAUCGACCACACACAAAAACAACAUUGCUGUUCAGUAUUUGGGACGAUUUGUCAAAACACAUCUUAAUUUUGCCGCAUACAAAUACUAAAGGUGUGUUUUAUGUUAAGACGUUAUCAUCAUUUCAGGCAAAUAGUUUUAUAUGGCGUGGAUUCAAACAAAAUGUGAAAUAGAUUUGUAAGCAAGACAAUUUAUUUAAAUUUUAGAUUUAAAAAAAACACUGUAGAUUUAACCGAUCGGACUGUUCUUUCUUCUUGUCAGAAGAUUUUAAGAUUUUAUUUGUACAAGUUUUGUCAAUAUUUAAACAACAAAAAAAGGUUUGUGAACAAUAAAGAGGAAAUUCGUACAUAUAAACAAAAAAAAAAUCAAAUGAACAUGGCUUACUUUUAGUUUUGAUAGUUUUUUUUAUCGCUUUUCUUUAUUAUUCUCCUACCAAAUCCAAACGAUUCAAUUUUAUUUAUAAAAUAAAGUAGUUCUUUUUAGCUUCAAUGCCCAUUCCAAGAUCUCAGGAUUAAAACGAUCUGUGAUUAAAUGACGGAUUAAACGAUCUGUGAUUAACUGAAAAUCAACACACCAGUGCUAUAGACUAGACUCUACCACCAUCAUACACCCACACGUACACUUAUACUUACUUACAUAUAGGUAAAAAUUCCAAGUUCUCCUUCGUAAUUUCGCAUGAAAAAUUCUCAAAUUUAAUUUCGCACCGAAACAUUCUCAUUCACCAAAAAAUUCCUUUGCAAUCUCGUCGUCAAUGAAAAAAAAAACCUGUCAAAAUAUCAACUGUUUCCAGCGCCCUCUAUUCCAUCAUAGCAAAACUAAUGUACCUUGCAUACGCACAUACUGCUAAUAAGACUCUAUUCAUUAUACGUUCGAAACAUGUGCUGACCCGGUUGCAGUAUAUAAAACAGAAAUCAGCUGUUCGCAGUGUUUAUCGACACUAAGUGGCAUGUAUCGUUUGUUUCGCGUGCUUCGCCCAUUUAUGUAAUGUACGUCAUUGAGUGAUAUUUGAGUGGUUUCUUCCUAUAUAUGCACGGUAUACAAACGAUAGUAUUGAUUUUUUUUCUCGUCACAAUAGACAUGCGUAUUUGCGUGCAACGGAUUCUUCGGGCAAAAUGAUGUCAUAUAAAAUACUUCAAAAGCCAAAUAACUUGCUAUUAGCCGAAUGUCAUGUGCAUAUGAAAUUAUCGAAUUUCAGUUGAGACUCAAAUGGUGCCAUCCAAUAAUGCGUAUUUUAUCGAAUUUAAAUGUAUUGGAUCAGUCUAUCUCAAUUUCGUUCGGUACGCAUCAUCAUUCAAGCUGAUUUAGUUAAUGUAUUUUCGUUGUACGAAGCGUGUGUAUAACCGGCGGCAAUUCAUAUUAUUUACCCGGCAUUUGUACAUGUUACGGCUUCAGUUUGGUGCUCGUUCUCUUUUAAUAUGAUAAUUGCAAAUGCGUUGAUUGAAUUAAUUCGAAUGAUUUACAGUAUACGGUGUUGCUACUGCUUGUAAACAUCAAACGUUGCGUUCAUAUUUUGCAUGGCUCUAAUCCGCUUAAUGUAUUCUGAAACAUCAAUUAAAUUGGACAACAUUUCGAAAGACGAAGUAGAAGAAAAAAAUUCAAGCACAUAAAUAAAAAAUGAAAAAGAAUCGA